UAGAAGAAACAAAAAAGAGAAAAAAGAGAACAUAUGGAUAAAGAGAAGGAAAGGAGAGACGGGUAAAACGAAGAGGAAUGCUUGCAGCGGUAGAAGUCUGAGCUUGGCUCAUCCUCAGACUCAGCCUCUUCUUCUUGCUUCUAGGAUUCUCGCGCCCCAACUGUGUGAUAGAAGUCCAUGGCGAUUGGAUGUUGCGUUGCUACUGCUCAAAUCCACUGUGCACUCCCCAGUUCUUGUAUCGGCUUGCCCUUGUAUUCUUCCUGGUCUCCGGGUCAUAAACAUAGCCAUGCCAAUCCUUUCAAGGAGCUAAUGCCCAGCGGAGGGAGUCGAAUCAGGUGCCAAUCAACUAGCACAGAUGAGAGGAAACCAAGGAUGAAUUUUUUAGACAAUGCAAGCAAUCUCCUCACAAAUUUGUUGAGUGGGAGUAAAAUUGGAUCCAUGCCAAUUGCUGAAGGUGCCGUCUCUGAUCUUUUUGGUCAACCGCUUUUCUUCUCAUUGUACGAUUGGUUCUUAGAGUAUGGCUCGGUGUACAAACUUGCUUUUGGGCCAAAAGCAUUUGUUGUUGUAUCGGACCCCAUUGUGGCUAGGCAUAUUCUUCGUGAAAAUGCAUUCUCAUAUGACAAGGGAGUUCUCGCUGAAAUUUUGGAACCUAUAAUGGGAAAAGGACUAAUACCUGCCGACUUUGAUACUUGGAAACAAAGGAGAAGAGUCAUUGCCCCUGGAUUCCACACAUCAUACUUGGAAGCUAUGACGAAAGUAUUCACCGAUUGUUCUGAAAGAACAAUGUUGAAAUUUGAAAAGCUUAUAGAAGCAGAAGGCUCAAAGGGUGAAAAAACAAUGGAAUUGGAUCUUGAGUCAGAAUUUUCAAAUUUGGCAUUGGAUAUUAUUGGGCUUGGUGUUUUCAAUUAUGAUUUUGGUUCUGUCUCUAAAGAAUCUCCAGUAAUCAAGGCGGUAUAUGGUACUCUGUUUGAAGCUGAGCACCGAUCGACAUUCUAUAUUCCUUAUUGGAAGCUUCCUCUAGCAAGGUGGUUAGUUCCCCGUCAAAGAAAAUUCCAGAAUGACCUUAAGGUCAUAAAUGACUGUCUAGAUGGUCUCAUAAAACUUGCAAAAGAGACCAGACAGGAAACAGAUGUUGAAAAACUGCAGCAGAGGGACUACCUAGACCUUAAGGAUGCAAGUGUGUUGCGUUUUUUAGUUGAUAUGAGGGGUGUGGAUGUGGAUGAUCGUCAGCUAAGAGAUGAUUUGAUGACAAUGCUUAUUGCUGGCCAUGAAACAACUGCAGCUGUCCUUACCUGGGCUGUUUUUCUCCUAGCACAAAAUCCAUCCAAAAUGAAGAAAGCCCAGGCGGAAAUUGACAUUGUACUUGGACAGGGAAGAACCACUUUUGAAUCACUCAAAAAGUUGGAGUACUUGCGGCUUAUUGUUGUGGAGGCGUUGCGUUUGUAUCCACAACCUCCAUUGCUUAUUAGGCGUUCCCUUAGACCAGAUAAAUUGCCAGGAGGUUACAACGGUGAUGAGGAUGGAUAUGAAAUUCCAGCUGGUACUGAUGUAUUUAUUUCGGUAUAUAAUCUCCAUAGGUCACCAUACUUUUGGGACAAACCAGACAAGUUUGAACCUGAGAGGUUUCAAGUUCGAAGAGAAAGUGAAGGAAUUGAGGGGUGGGCUGGGUUUGAUCCAUGUAGGAGCCCAGGAGCAUUAUACCCAAAUGAGAUAAUGUCAGACUUUGCUUUCUUGCCUUUUGGUGGUGGACCAAGAAAAUGUGUAGGUGACCAGUUCGCCCUCAUGGAGUCAACCAUAGCAUUAGCAAUGUUGCUUCAGAAGUUCGACAUAGAGUUGAGUGGAUCACCGGAGUCGGUGGAGCUCGUCACUGGUGCAACCAUUCAUACAAAAAAUGGGUUAUGGUGCAAACUGAAAAAGAGGACGUCAGGUAUGUAGCAAAUGCAAUAACAAAGACAAGAAGAAGGUGUUUGGAGUCGUUUAUUCUCUUCUGGCUCGUGAAGAGAAAACAGUUGCCAUUUGUGUUGUCAAAGCCCGCACAGUCCAGGCUUGAGGUUUAAUUAAUAAUAAUUAUAAUUUUAUUUUCAAAUGAAUAGGUUGCAAAUUGCAUUUUAAAAUUAUCUCAAAUCAUCCAUGAUC